AUGAAAGCGAAGAGGUUGCAGGAGUCCCUCGUUUGGAUCGGAUGUGCUGAGUCACGGGGCUUGCUUGUGUGUUCUCUAGGCCUCGCCCCUGACUUCGCCCCGCAGCCUGCAAGCCUCCCAUUGGCCCACGUGAUGCCUGAGGACAUCAAAGGCUCCUGCUUCCCGAGUGGCAGCAAGCGGAGCCAUGAACCCUUUGCUGCCGUGGAAAGGCUGGGAACCAGCACCUCCCACGCCCAGGCACCAGAGAAGGUGACCCUGCUGGUGGACGGCACCCGUUUUGUGGUGAACCCGCAGAUUUUCACUGCUCACCCAGACACCAUGCUGGGAAGGAUGUUUGGACCAGGAAGAGAGUACAACUUCACACGGCCCAAUGAGAAGGGGGAGUACGAGAUUGCAGAAGGCAUCAGCGCCACUGUAUUCCGCACGGUGCUGGAUUAUUACAAAACUGGCAUCAUCAGCUGUCCGGAUGGCAUCUCUAUCCCAGACCUCAGAGACACCUGUGACUAUCUGUGCAUUAAUUUUGACUUCAACACCAUCCGAUGUCAGGAUCUGAGUGCUUUGCUACACGAGCUGUCCAACGAUGGCGCCCACAAGCAGUUCGACCACUACCUCGAGGAGCUCAUUGUGCCCAUCAUGGUGGGCUGCGCCAAGAAAGGGGAGCGGGAGUGCCACAUCGUGGUGCUCACUGAUGAGGACUCCGUGGACUGGGAUGAAGACCACCCGCCGCCCAUGGGAGAAGAGUAUUCUCAAAUUCUUUAUAGCUCCAAGCUCUACAGGUUCUUCAAGUAUAUUGAGAAUCGGGAUGUUGCUAAAACAGUAUUAAAGGAACGAGGCCUGAAAAACAUUCGCAUUGGGAUUGAAGGUUACCCUACCUGUAAAGAGAAAAUUAAGAGACGCCCUGGGGGCCGAUCUGAGGUCAUCUACAAUUACGUGCAGCGCCCCUUCAUCCAGAUGUCGUGGGAAAAGGAAGAAGGGAAGAGUCGCCAUGUGGAUUUCCAGUGUGUUCGAAGCAAAUCCCUCACUAACUUGGCAGCUGCUGGAGAGGGCGUCUUAGAGGACCAGGAGAGACUGAUGCACCACCCACCCCAGGUGGACGAACUUGACCGGCUCAAUGCUCCACUUGCUCAGAUGGCUUCUAACGACUCUCAGGAUUAGGACCGAGCUCUUGGCUGAGAUACCCAGCCAGGACUCCCCAUCCUCCCUCUGGUCCUCUCGCCCCGAGUCCCUCCCCAGUGGCCAACAUGUCUCCUGUUCAGUAAGUCUGUGCCUCCAGCAGGGGAUGGAGCAGCUUGCUAGUAGCUAGGCUACCAGCGUCACAGCAGCCCUGGUAACUUGAAAUUUGGGGUCUGGUGCUGUUCACUGAGUGUCUGGAACUCACAACCAGGAAAGGAAGCCAAGUCUCCCAUUGCCUCACAUUUAGCAAAGCUGUCCUUGUCCUUUGUGUCCUGUAUGUUUUGUUUAGUAUCAGGCAAAUUGCUUAGUAGCAAAGGGACCAAACUUAAAGGGAGACAAGGCUGUCUUCUAAAGGCGGGCACUCGUGGGAGCUGCUCGCUGCAGGUGGAGGAAAGGCUGUUCUUGGUGCCUCUGUCCCUGGAGUGCAGCCGGGAAGAACCCGGCACUUGUCAGAAUGUCUGCCACGCAUUCAACGUUCCCCAAGGAAAGACUAAGAGCUUAAGUUCAGUCUCGUGUCUCAUUGAUGCAGUGAACAAUCCAAAACCACACAGGACAGGCUCUUUGGCAGGCAGAAUGACGUAACAUUGCUGAUGAAACUGUUUCAGCUUCAAAACUUAUGAACCUCAAAUUGAUGUUUCAUUGGAAUGAAACUUAAAACUCAUGUGGAAGAGCCUCUCCUGCUCUGGCCAGGUG